CAACAUGGCUGCAUGGAUUCAAGCACUGAGCAUUUUGAACUUUUUUAUAUUAUCAUCAAAAGCAGAGACAUUCCAGUAUUUUCAGAGUGACACUGAACUAAAUCAACAAACAAUAAACCCUGAAAAUGGCAUAGUUUAUGUAGGAGCCAUUAACCGUUUAUAUCAACUUUCUGCAGAUCUUGGAUUGCAAGUUAAUGUGUCGACAGGUCCAAGAUUAGAUUUAAAAACGUGUACUCCUCCUAUUGAUAUCUCUCAGUGUUCCCAUGCAACGCUAACAGACAAUUAUAAUAAACUACUUUUGCUAGAUGGGCCAAAUGAUCGGAUUGUUGUAUGUGGAAGCAUCUUUAAAGGAAUAUGUUCUCUGAGGAAAGCAGUGAAUAUUUCAGCAGAAAUAUCUUAUGAUGAUAGCAAAGGUGAGAAAUCAUUUGUUGCAAGCAACGAUGAAAAUAUUUCAACUGUUGGUUUGGUGACCAACUUGACAGUCGUAAAGAUGUCUGAAACAUUGCGGGUCUUAUUUGUUGGUAAAGGCAAUGGGCAGUCAGACAAUGGAAUUAUCAUUAGCACUAGACUUCUAGAUGAAUAUGGUGAUCGGGGACCCUUUGAGACAUAUGUAGAUUCUACAGCAUUCAAGUCUGCUGCAUUAUCGUUCACUUUUCAGCAGUUUGUCACAGCGUUUGAGGAUGAUCGAUACGUUUUUUUUAUAUCUACCCGCUUGGAGAAAAGUACAGGUAGAAAUAAGACGUUAAUUUCCAGGAUGUGUAAAUAUGAUCCUAACUAUUAUUCCUACAUUGAGAUGGACCUUGAAUGUAAAGACAAUCAGCAUGAUUACAAUUUCUGCCAUUCGUUUUUUAUCACCACCCCUGGAGAGGAGUUAGCACGUGUCAUGAACAAGUCACCUGAAGAAGGGAAAUUUCUAUUUGGAGUUUACAGCAAAAAUGGGAAAGAAUCUGUUUCAGAGAGAUCUGCUCUCUGUGUAUUUUCAUUGAAAGAUAUAAAUGCUAAAUUUGAAUAUAAUCGUGAAGCAUGUUAUACCAGUAAGGAGAGUACUGUGAUGAAGAAUGGGAUAAAGAUUUUUUACAAACCGUAUGGUGCUGAUAUACAGUGUGGAGGACUUGCAAAGGAUGCUGUUAUCAACUACCCAUGUGGCCAGGAACACUUACCGUACCCCCUGGAGAGCAGAGACGGUGUAGUCACAUCACCAGUGCUAGUGCUUGAGAAAAACACAUUUACAACAGUUGCUGUAGCUGUUGAAGAGGAACAUACCAUUGCAUUCUUGGGUACUAAUGACGGAAAACUUGUAAAGUCAUCUUUGUCUCCAGUAAUCAAGGAAAAUGUGUCCAUUUUUAGCCCAAGAUGA